GGUAAUUGGAAGCUAUGUCUCAGCAACUAUGUUUCGUCUGUCGCAACAUACCGGAAGACUUUUGGUCCAGAGCGUAUGACUUGUUUGAGUCACGCCGAGGAGCGAAAGCGAAGCUGCAGUCCUACAAUGGCAUGCAAAAGCAAGGAAAGCAAGGCUGCCAGUUGUGCACAAUUUUUGUCGCCUCUAUCUGGCUUAAGAAGCUGGAAGAUCACAACGAGUGUCUUCACUUACGGCGAGACUACGGUGAUCCUCACAGAGCUUUCUGUCUUGCUACGGAGAAGUUCCCUACCUCUUUGGGGACAUUGUACUUCUUCCGCGUACCUGAUAUCUGGUGCGAGUCUGCUAUCGCAAGGUUUAAUGACGAGACCGACAAUGUGCGCUUGAUGAGAACAUGGGUACGAAAUCGCAUUCUUCCUAGCGAGGCAGCAUCAAGCAUGGCACGGCGAUUCCUACCGACAAGACUACUGGACGUUGAAGCCUUCACAGAGAGUGAUGAUGUCCGACUAGUGGUGUCUCAAGACAUUCGAGCCGCUUCCACACCAUCAUAUCUUGCUUUGAGUCAUUGCUGGGGUGGAAUUGUUCCUAUACGGCUGGAGAUGAACAGUGUAAAGAGCUGGAUCAAGAGAGGAGUUGCUUUUGGUGCCCUACCCAAGACGUUCCGUGAUGCCAUACAGAUCACUAGGCAGCUCGGCAUUCGCUAUCUCUGGAUCGACUCCAUGUGCAUUAUCCAAGAUUGUAUGGAGGACUGGAAACAAGAAGCCUCAUUCAUGGCCGAGGUUUACAGCAAUGCUGUCUGUACACUGGCGGCAUUGAGCUCGAAAGAUAGCAGCGAAGGAUGCAAGGUCAUUUCGAACAUUCAGGCUUCACUGAAAUCCCCUUACGUGGAACUGAAGGCCGAGCUCCACCGUUCUUCACGAAUCAGGAUCUUCCAAAAGAUGCCACGAUCAUGGGUUGAAGAGUUCAAUGGGCAAUCUUUGCAAGCAGGCGUUGAGACGGAUAGCCCUCUCCGGACUAGAGCUUGGGUCUUGCAAGAAAAGGAACUGUCAAAUUGCACAAUCUAUUUCGCAAAAAACCAACUGCUCUGGGAGAAUAAGGAGCACAAAGCAACCGCACAAUUACCCUGGGAAGAGACAACGUUAGGGGCGCGGUCAGGAACGCCACGCAUGAUGCGCGAGAACCUUUCUCACCAGAUCAUAGGCGCACCGCAGUACCCUUGGUACGAACUCGUUGAGGACUACGCAUCUCGCUCCUUAACUUUCCCGACGGACAAGUUGAUAGCAUUCUCUGGUCUUGCCAAAGAUUUCGGGUGUGGCAGAAAGCAGUAUCUUGCUGGCAUCUGGAGCACAGAUCUGCCUGCCGCACUCUUGUGGCGGGUCAAUGACUAUGCGGCGACACGGCCAGCUUACCUUGCGCCAUCGUGGUCUUGGGCUUCUCUUAUGGGCAGCGUAACUUACGAAAGUCUGAGACUGGAGCCGGGACACGAUAGCGCUCAGUACGAACAUCCGGAAGAUAUAUAUCCUGGCUUAAAGACGCUGAAAGUGCGGAGCGUACAGAUGACCUUAGAAGACAAAGACAAAGAGUAUGCUAAUGUCCGCGAAGGACGAAUCAUCUUGAGUGGGACACGUUGCAUCAGAGUACAGUGCGGGCCAGGUGUUGUACGGUUUUCUGAUGGCGGGCAGCCUUUAACUCAGAAUAAAGCGCCGAUAGGUGUCUUCUACCCUGAUAUAGCUGGGGAAACCGCUCUUUUGAAGGAUACGUACUGUGUAGCUCUUCAGAGUGAGUCGAUGCGGUCAUUUCGUCGUCACCAGCUUCGACUUAAGCAAGACGGUGCAAUGAGAUCGAUGGUUAUGGGUAUCGUAGUGACAAGCCUCCCGAAACGGCAGGAAUAUAGAAGGGUCGGUUUAGCGCGUUGGAUGGACGAGUCGUUGUUCGACGCUGUGCCGACUACGACGGUUGAGCUGAUCUGA